AUGGCUUCUUCUAUCAAUAAUUUCAGUAAUGAAUACUUUAAAUUUAUCUGGACCAGAUAUUCUAGAUAUGGUUAUAGAACUGUUAAAAUUCUUUCGGUUACCAAAUUACGCAUACAAGAAAUGUUUGAUUGCAGAUUGGAGCCAGGGACCACUACUCGUCUGCCGUCUGCGCCUGAAUCACCUCUCGCUCGCCUCUCUGCGACGCAUGACUCCGCCUGGCUCACCGUCACAGCCAGUCCUCCACCGUCAAACCGUCAGUCCUCACCACCGCCAGCUGGCCCGCCCCGUUGCACCCGCGAUGUCAACCUGACUGCCUGCGGCCUGGCCAAAGAAAUCUAUAUUACUUGGGUGGUAUCUGUGGAGUUGAAGAUUAUGGGUAGGAUUAAAGCAAAGGGAAAGAAGUUGGCUGUCACAAACCAAGAUGAUCCAGGAAGUGCUGAGGAAGAAAAAACCCAUGUACAGAAGAGAAGGGGCAGGCCUCAGAAUUACUUAAUGAUGACAGAGAGUGAGGACACGACAAAUGAUGUCCAUUACAUUGAGUUUGUCUUCGGACUUGCUGGAGUAUGUCAUUGGUGA